GAUGGCGAUGGAACGCUCUCAGGAGGAGCUGGAGGGGAGGGCCAAGCAUCGGACCCGUCCAUGAGAGACGUGGAGGAGAACAAGGAGACGGCCGAGGACGAGCGUCGCCCGAAGUGGGCCAAGCCGGCGUCGAAGGGCGGAAAGGGCCCCUCGCAAGGUGGCUGGCACCAAGGAAGCUGGGGAGGAUCGAAGAGGUCCUGGGACCAGCCUCAACAAGAGUAUCAGAACACCCCGAUGCCGCAGCUCGACCAAGCGACGCAAGACUUGAUGAGCCACAUGGUGCGUGCAAUGUUGCGCCACGAGGCCGAGAUUCAACGUCUCAAACAGGACCUUGGCUACAUGGUCUUCAUAGAUCAGUAUACCAAAAUCACGGUGACCAGCCGGCCCGCUGAGACCUUGGCGGACGAGGAGAAACUCCAGCGCUGCAUGAAUGUUGGGUGGACGGUGACCGGGGACAACGCCUUGAGUCCCAAGUGGGUGUACCACUCAUGGGACCCUGCAGCCAAGAAGCAAAUUGUCGCAGCCGAUCCGCCGAUCUCGCAUACAGAGGCUCUCCGAUUGGUGGAUCAGCUGAUGAAGCAUGUCCCUCAAGAGGGGGUGUUGAAAAACUUCAAGACAUCCCGGCGGAUGACAGCGCAGGAUCAGUACAAGGCCGAGGUUCUUCCAUUCAUGGUGUCAAUCGGCCUGAGAGGGGAAUCAAGCGCCAUUUGCUUCAAUGCCCUACGACUCCUGAGCGGCUCGGCCAUCAUGAAGCUGAUUGGAGUGCGGAUUCGCCCCGAACGGGGCCAGGAGCCGCAGCUGAUCAAACAGCUGAAGCAGUCCUACAUGGGCACCACGUUCUGCGAGUGGACGAGGAAGCAGACACAGUGGGGCGGCGACGCCUAG